ACCGUAGGCCACGGCUCAUGUCACCAGUCAUGUCACCAUUUUUGAUUUCUAUACCUUCAAACCCAUGCUGUUCAUUCUGUGUAUUUUCGCGACCUUUUCGCCUCUGUUGCUGGUAGUGGCGCUCAAGAUAGGGAUAUACAUCUCUGAUCCCUAAGGCGAGAAGCGCACCCGUAAGGAAAGCGGCGGGUAUAUAGAGGCGCGGGUUGUCCGUCAUGAUUUAUGAGCACACAAGGCUGGUAUCAUUUGUACAUAUAUUCAAUGCAAAGGAGAAAAAGAAGUCAUAUAUAUCCCCUGUUGCACAUUAGCCAUUGAAAAGUUGGUAUGAUUUGUUUGUCAUGCCCUGUUGAAGCUUGGACCACCUCCGCUCCGGGCGAACUUUUUCGGAUUUCCUGGACACAACUCCCCUAUCGCCUCUCCGCUCUGCUUCGUUGAGCGCCCGCCCUGCCAACGCAAUGGAUUCACCCGUUGUCGCGCACAUAUUCCGGCAGUUGUUUCGCCAUAGAGGAUGCCAGAUUUCUCGUCCGCAUCCUUAUGUUCUUUCGUUUAAUCCCAUUGCGCCCCGUUCCAGAAGUCAUCAGCAAUCUCGCACUUAUGCCAGCAAGCCGACACUCAGACGGCGGACGCUGGAGGACCCUACCUUCUGGAAACACAGGACAGAUGAUUUCCCGAGAGACAUGUCCAAGGAGUUGCGGGAGUAUCCGAUGGUGACAUCUGCAGAGCUGCGAUCACGUCCUCAUCGACCAAGACGUGUGAAGAUGCUGGCAAGGGACUUCAUUGAGGAUAGCUUGUAUAAUCCCCAUUAUGGUUACUUUUCCAAGCACGCGACCAUUUUUAGUCCUGGCGAGCCGUUCGAUUUCAACAGUAUGGCCGACGGUCCAGAAUUCAAUCGUCUACUAGGCCAGCGAUAUCAGGAGUUUGAAGACAAAUUGGAUGCCGUUCAAUAUGAUGAAAGCCGCCAAUUAUGGCAUACGCCGACAGAGCUCUUCCGCCCUUAUUAUGGCGAAGCAAUAGCUCGAUAUCUCGUCACGAACUACAAGCUCACACUGUUUCCAUACCACGAUUUGACCAUAUAUGAGAUGGGAGCCGGAAACGGGACUUUGAUGCUUAACGUAUUGGAUUACAUACGAGACGUGGACCCUGAGGUCUAUCAGCGCACUAAAUUUAAAAUCAUAGAGAUUUCGCCAUCUCUUGCUAAUCUGCAGCAGCAAAAUCUGAAUAAGUCCAUUCACUCCAGCGGCCACAGGGGCCAUGCGGAGAUCAUAAACCGCUCCAUAUUCGACUGGAACACCUACGUGCAUUCCCCUUGCUUCUUCCUCGCGCUCGAGGUCUUCGAUAAUUUCAGCCACGAUGCAAUACGCUACGAUCUAGAAACUGGAGAGCCACGGCAAGGUUGCGUCCUGAUCGACACCGACGGUGAAUUUUACGAAUACUACAUCCCAAAACUAGACAGUGUGGCGUCGAGGUACCUUCGAGUUCGUAAAGCCGCUGCACGGCGUCCAUUCGCUACUCCGCUCCGCUCCCCGCUUUCAAGAAAGAUUCAAGCCUCCCUCCCGUUUGCGCCGAACAUGACAUUGCCGGAAUAUAUACCCACUCGCCUAAUGCAGUUCUUCGAUAUCCUGCACGACUAUUUCCCUGCCCAUCGACUUGUUACAAGCGACUUUAAUAGCCUCCCGGACGCAGCCCCUGGCUACAACGCCCCUGUUGUUCAGACACGAUAUCAACGCACGACCGUCCCGGUCUCAACCCCCUUUGUCCACCAAGGUUAUUUCGACAUAUUCUUCCCCACAGACUUCAACCUGAUGGAAGACGUCUACCGCGCCAUCACCGGCAAGCUGACCCGGGUAUCCAGUCACGCCGACUUCCUCGAACGCUGGGCAUAUGUCGAGGACACAGAGACGCGCAGUGGCGAGAACCCCCUGUUAAAUUGGUAUAAGAAUGCCAGCGUGAUGACCACCGCCUGAACAUGAGGGCGCGGGACUGACUGGAUGGCAUGGGGUGGGUUGGGAUGGGAUGAACAUGAUGUGUCAGGUCACGGCAGAGGGUCAAUGCCACUUUUUCAAGAACAGUAUGAGUUAAGGGGCCUUAUUGAUGGAGGAAGGGUAAACGGUGUCGUAGUUAGCGGUUGACCCUGCUGACUAACUAGGCUGCUUUGAGCAGCAGGCUUUUUUACCCCCUAUUUUGAAUAGCUAUAUAAUCCAUAUCACUUUCCCAUCCACCUACGUCAUCUUUUGUAUUUAUUGCUAUUUCCUCUUCCCCCAAUUCUUUUCUGUACAGAAACCAUUUCGUUCCUGAUUAUGCCCCCCCUUUUUUUGUAUAUAUGAUGGGUGUGGGAACACGAGAAUCUGCAAAUGUGCCUAACCAGCCGUGCGGCCCGUGCCGGCCCCUAUCCUAUCCAUUUCGUCUCGCCAUGAUGUCAUUGCCACAUUUGUACAUAUUCACGUUUCGAUUUCCAGCAUAUCUAUUGCACUGAAACUCACUGAAGCAUAUAUGCACUGCCACUGCUAUAUGCUUCGGAGCUCAUAACUAGAUAUUCUCCUCUGAACCCGUCAACCACCAAGUGAAAACCACUUUUAAAAUAUCUUAAUGCACACAAGCCUGUGUGCAAAGACAUUGUGAAGCUAAGCUCAAGAUGAAAAACUCUGCAAGAUUAAUUUUAUGACUUCACC